AUGCCUUAUCUCGAUCAAUACAGCCCCUUGUACUCAUACGCUGGUGGCAGCACGCGCACUGGCGUUGGGGGCUUAAGAGCAGCUGAACACCUCGGAAGAGCACUCGCAGAAGUAGACGGUCUUUUUGCUGGCUUCACGCACCUUGACGAAACAGAACCUGAGUCGAGAAACAGUCGGCCCAGUAGCGGUCAUGACGACCUUGCACUUGAGCUUGACUCAUUGUGCAAUACAGCUCCCACCAACAGUACCCCAGACUCACAGCCUGAUUCUGCCAACCCCAGAAAUCAGGCUCGAGAAAAUGCCUGGGCGUCCAUACGAACUGUUCGGGAGGGAAUGCAAAUUCUCUGGGAACACUUCGUCGACGUUUCUUACGAUGUCAACCUCCCAACCAUCAACAAUAUUCGCGCCGAAUACCACGACUCCAGGGGACUUCGCCAGGCAGGAGUCUUUGCUUUUCGCAACACAUUGACCGGACCAGCACCCAAUGAUCUCGUGAAAAUCUUUGCCUUCUGCAGCUUAUCAUACGUUGUGUCCCGUCUUCUAUACUCAAGAGGACGAUUGGCAGAAGGCGAUAUCCUCGCUGGCAUCCGUCUGUGGCUCAACGCUCUCGAGGAUGAAGACGAACGAAAGGCCCUCGAGGUUCUCGCGAGACGACUUUGGCCUGAAGCACGAAACCAUCUUCAUUUUAUCGACUUGAACAUGGGAGAGCAGUCGCGCAAGCUAGCGACCUCUCUGCAACGAGCCGAGACGCCAUUCUCGGCACCGCCAACCCAGACAUACCCAGUCUUGCCACUUGCAAGCCUUGGGCCUCAAACACAGUCGAUGUAUGAGCAACCAGCGCCGGCUUAUUCUCACGAGUUGGGAAACUCCCACCACUUGGCCGUUGCACCAGAUCUUGGGACCAUAGACCCUGGGCUCUUGAACAUGCUCGCGACAGACAUUUCGCCAGUCUAUAUCGACAAUCUGACCGAUCGGACAUAUGAAGAGUUCAAUUUCUCCGUCGCACUUCCUGAGACGCAUUCUCAAGUUCCUGGACCAGGCCCAAAUCUCUGGCAUGGGUUCGAUCCAGGCCCAGUGCAACCCCCUCACCUCGAUGUCGGUGCAAUGGGGGGCAUCACGCCUUGGAGCGCGAUGCCGCAAUCCAACGCUUGCAGCCCAAUCGCCAGCACCUCGAGCCACGACUCACGCAGUCAAUCUUUAUCGAGUACACAGACAGCCGGCGAUAUUUUAGCGUCCCUUCAGGGUACGUCUGUAUUUACAGCAGUGUUGGACUACAUACGAGAACACGGAGGCUUCUGGUUCAAGCUCGCAGGCUGUGGACUGGUGUCGAAAGACUUCCGGUCUCGCCUUGCAUGGAGUCAAGAGCGUUUACGGAAGAGGAAACUGAUAGAGGCUUCAUAUAUGCAGCCUCUAUCGUCAGAGAAGUACACAAGAGACCUACCAGCUCGCGGAAUAGUCUCUGUUGUGGAAGCGUUCUUCGAUCAGGGCUUGUUGCAAAGUAUCGAGGACAUCAAGAGCUACAUGGAACGCGUCGCCAGCCUGUUAUUCAGCGACCGAGUCGCUUGUCAGGAAUUCCGCGACUGGGUCCACGUCGUUCAGGGAACUCCAAAGCCUUCGACAUCAACUCCCGUGCCCAAUGCUAAGUUAAAACACUUGUCUUGCCCCAAGUGCGAUUACACGAGCGAUCGAUCGUAUAACAUUGAAAGACAUUCCAAAACACAUGAAAAGAAUGAAGAGCAUAACAAGAAGAAGAGCAGGAAAUCUUGA